CAUGCGCUCUUUAAUCUCCUCUUUUCAGGCUGCCUAGGUUAAGGCGGCAAGAUGGCGGCGUCCUCCGUGUGCCGGGCCGCAGGUUGUAUUUCUAGCCGAGCCCUCCUGCGGGGUUCUCGCGCUCCGCCAGGCUUAUGGAGUUUGACAAGAAGAGGAAGCACUGCAUCCUAUGCUCAGGUGCUGCAUAAUAUUCCUGAGACACAAGUGACCACUCUAGACAAUGGCCUUCGUGUGGCUUCUGAACAAUCCAACCAGCCUACUUGUACGGUGGGGGUGUGGAUUGCAGUAGGAAGCCGCUAUGAAAAUGAGAAGAACAAUGGAGCUGGCAACUUCGUGGAGCAUCUGGCUUUCAAGGGUACAAAGAAACGCCCUUGUCCUGAAUUUGAAAAAGAAGUGGAGAGCAUGGGUGCACAUCUCAAUAGUUACUCCUCUCGCGAGCAGACAGCCUUCUUCAUGAAAGCAUUAUCCAAAGAUUUGCCCAAAGCAAUUGAGAUUCUGGCUGAUGUAGUACAGAACUGCAGCGUUGAGGAUUCUCAGAUUGAGAAGGAGCGGAAUGUCAUCCUUCAAGAAAUGAAAGAAAAUGAUGGCAGCUUGUCCGAUGUUGUCUUCGAUUACCUUCACGCUACAGCUUAUCAAGGCACUGCUUUGAGUCGGACUGUUGAAGGAACAACAGCGAAUGCAAAGCAUUUGUCUCGUGCGAAUCUAAUAGAAUUCAUUGAGACUCAUUACAAAGCCCCUCGCAUGGUCCUGGCAGCUGCUGGAGGGGUUAAUCACAAAGAACUCGUGGACCUUGCCAAGCAGCAUUUUGGCAAUGUUCCCUAUGAAUACAAGAAAGAUGCAGUACCCGUUCCUCCCCAUUGCCGCUUCACUGGGAGUGAGAUCAGAGUCAGAGAUGAUGCUUUGCCUUUGGCUCAUGUUGCUAUUGCAGUGGAGGGACCAGGCUGGGCCAAUCCAGACAAUAUUCCUCUUUUGGUAGCUAACUCAGUCAUUGGGCACUAUGACCUUACUUUUGGUGGUGGCAAGAAUCAGUCUAGCAGGCUGGCUACAAUUGCUGUGGAAAACAAGCUGUGUCAAAGUUUCCAAGCCUUCAACACUUGCUACUCUGACACAGGUCUGUUCGGUUUCUAUUUUAUCACUGAUGCUCUGAAUAUUGAAGAUACGCUGCAUUGUGCCCAAGGUGAAUGGAUGCGUCUCUGCACCAGUGUGAGUGAGAGCGAGGUGAAGAGAGCCAAAAACAUUGUUCGAAACACCCUGGUGGCUCAACUGGAUGGUACCACUCCUGCAUGUGAGAAUAUUGGAAGUCAUCUGCUGAACUAUGGACGUCGGAUAUCUCUGGCAGAAUGGGAUGCCAGAAUUUCUGAGGUUGAUGCCAGAACAGUUCGAGAUGUCUGUAGUAAAUAUCUGUAUGAUAAAUGCCCAGCUCUUGCAGCAGUUGGUCCUAUUGAACAGCUUCCAGACUACAACCGUAUCCGCAGUGCCAUGUUCUGGCUCCGUUUCUAGGCUCUGUUUUACACAGAAUGGAAAUGAGCAGUGUGGUUAAUGAAUGGCCCCUCUGGGACUGUUCUUGUGGGUUUCGUGUAUGCCAGUGGCAAGAUGGGCCCCAUAAUUGCUGUACAAACAUUCUUCUGUAUUGUUAUGUGUGUAUCCGAGAGAGCUAAAUAAAUUAAAUUUAAAUGGA